ACAGAACUAACUGCCAAGCAGGUCUUGAAAGAGAACUAAGGGACCUCAGCCAAGAUAUCCGCUUCUAUCUUCCGAUCAUAAUUUCGAGUUUCUGCAUACCAUUAGCACCUUGAAGUUCUCAAUCUAGUUCAACUUUCACAAGGCUGAGGAAUCAGCCCACCUCUGAUGGCGAUGCACAAUCCAUAUAUCUUUACCUUGCGAGCGAUGCGACCUGUUACAUUCGGAAAACAGUGUUUCAGGCACCUUCACAAGCAGGUGCCUGCUGCUGCAAUACCAUCGCCAACGCCAUUUGUCCCAGAUGUUCAGACUUUCCUUACACUAAUCGGCCGUGGCAUGAACAAGCAUGCGAGCAAGCUGCCAUCUUGGGACAAGUUGUUCUCCAUUAGUUCGUCAGAGCUUAAAGAGCUGGGGAUCGAGCCUGCAAGCCAGCGAAGAUAUCUACUACGCAAGAGGGAGAAAUUCAGACAAGGAAUCUAUGGACCUGGUGGUGACCUGCAGCACGUCAUCAAUGGUGUCGCACAACUGCGGAUUGUUGAAAUUCCGAAGGAGCCUACGGACGUUGCGAAAUCCAACAAAUCCGAAUAUCACCCAGAUUACUCGGCAAAUUCAUCCCCAGGCAUGAGGAAGGUCAUAGUCAAUCUGCCACCAGAUGCUAAAGAAUUUAUCCACAAUCCAUCGCAGCCACCGAAGAUAAUCGCGCACAUGAAAGUCUACCACGGCAACACUAUAAGAGGACCUUUCCUGCAGCCAAUCAAGGGCACCAAGGGCAGUGCAGCUCUUUUCGAGCUGAAGGAGGGCAUGUGGGAGGAUCGGCUUGGAGUCAAGGUUGAUGGUGGUGAAAGAAGACGUGCGGAGUUUUACUGCAUGUACCAUAGGCAUUUAUUCACUACAGGUUCACUUAAGAAGAAGAAGAAGAAGAAGAAGAAGAAGAAGAAGAAGAAGAAGAAGAAGAAGAAGAAGAAGAAGAAGAAGAAGAAGAAGAAGAAGAAGAAGCGUAUUAUCGAUUCUGGAUAA